AACUGUAAACACGAAAGAAAAAUAUGGCUUCCAUGGAGAAGCGCCUACAGAAAGAGCUUCUAGCUCUGACAAAGGACCCACCAGCUGGUGUGAAGGUUGAUUCCCAAAGAAUAUGUACAAAUCUAUCUGAGUGGACUGUCGACUUAGAGGGAGCUCCUGAAUCUAUUUAUGAAGGAGAAAAAUUCCAAUUAAUGUUUAAAUUUGGUUCAAGAUAUCCAUUUGAAUCACCUCAGGUGAUGUUUAUCGGAGAACAUAUCCCUGUUCACCCUCACGUGUACAGUAAUGGUCACAUCUGCUUGUCCAUCCUCACGUAUGAUUGGUCCCCCGCCCUUUCAGCCCAGUCUGUAUGUCUCAGCGUUGUUAGUAUGUUAUCCAGCUGUAAAGAGAAGAAACGACCACCAGAUAAUGCAUUUUAUGUAAAAACUUGCAGUAAAAACCCAAAGAAAACUAGAUGGUGGUACCAUGAUGACGACGUAUGACCAGGAAGCUAAAAAGGGGAUUCAUUUUGGGGAUGGGACGGACACAUUUUUGGAACCACACCGAUUGGAUUGAAACCAAGACCUGCCACAUUGUCGGAAUCGAUGGUGACCCAAGACUUGGAAAUCACUGGAACCUGAGUGUGUCCAUUAUUUAAGGCACUUUUUAUUUCCGCUUAAAACUGGGCAGUUACGGCUGUGAUUGUGAUGUAUGUUGUCAACCUGUUAAUGUUACAAGUUUUGAAUGUUUUAUCAAGUGGGUGUUUACCUGUUAACUUGCCAAUAUUACAGGAGUUCUAUGUCACUGUCUUACCUGUAGUACAAUAGUCAUUACCAUAUAACACAUGUGUUGAUGUCACAUCUUAGUGGCCAUACAGAAAACUCAUUCUAUGAUUGAUUGUCGUGAUUUCAAUAUUUGGCAGCAAAAAUAACGAUCUGCCAAAAUGGUCGAAUGUUACAAUUGAAAUAUAUGGGAAUGAAGGAAAAGAAGCAACAUAUACAAAUACAUGAAUACAAUAAUACAGAUUUCGUUAUACAUGCUUACACAUAAUUUAGAUGUAUCCCCCCCCCCCCCCCCCCUUCCCCUAAAACUCCCUCUCCAAACAAUAUAUAUGACCUGAACUUCUGAUUUCAAUGGUUUUCUUAGGGAGUUAUGUCCCCUUACUUAUAUCCUAAUAUAAAUAUUGUCUAUAAUAAUCUUUCUUAUCUCUUUGACCGAUAUUUAUAAAAUUUGGUACACAUGAUCAUUAAUCUGUGUAGUUAAGAGUCUGCGGUUUAUUUUUUAUUUUGACUAAUUCCAUAAGAGUUAUGUCCCUUGUGGUAAUUUCUGUUUUAAUUAAAGUAACUGCUAUUUACCUUCUUAGCUGAUGUAUUAAGGAAAAUUGGUACACAUGAUCAGUACCUUGAAUAUUAGUGCAAUUAGUUAAUUAUUUUAUAUAACUGUGUUUAUGGGGAGUUAUCCCCCUUUUAUGAUCUUAUAUGCAGGAGGGAGUAUUAUCAUGUGGCUUACAGUUCCAGUUUAUAUAUAUUACAAACACACAACGAUUCAGAUCAUACAUAUAUACAAUAUUAUAGAAAGGUUCAUGUAGCACUGUCACCUUGUGGCAGAGUACGCACUGUACUAGUCAUCAAAACCUCACACAUAAACACUUACACUGGCUGUGCUACAUGAACCUUUCUAAAAUCAAUAUUUACCAACCUGAAGAAAAGGUGUAAAAAAAAAAAAAAAAAUGUUUACAAUAAGAUAAGUUUGAAUAUUUAAGGAUUGUCUCACUUUUAUCCUAUUUGAGCUCUAGUAGGGAUAAGAUUACUUAUCUGAAAUAUUUGCAGUGAGGAACGUCCUUAAGGUAGGGAUGCUUUGUCUUAGUACAUUCACUUGUAAUUUAGAAAUGAAAUCUCUGUUGUCAUAGAAAUGUAAUUCAGCAAGAGGGAUAUAACAUGGCAUGUUAUGUUUCUGUGACGUAAAACUAAUUUUCCUACCCUCAAGUUGUUUGCUUGUUCUAUUUGUUUUAUCUAGCAUAAAUGAGUACGAUUUGAAAGCAUGGCCGAGUUGUAUUUCAUUGUACAUGUAUUAUAUAGUUAACUUAUAAAAUUUGACACUUCCAUUAUGUGAGAAUCAUGUUUAUAUUGAUGUGUAUGCAAGGUGUUUUAUCAGAAGUUGUAUGAUGUUUGAAAUGUGUAUUCGAUAAUAAUGAAUCUAUAUAUGCUUAUUUUGUUUUGUUUAAAAAAAAAAUGAUGUAUAGCUGAAAGCAGUAUGUUUGCAGAUUUCAUUUUGCUUGCCAGGAUAAACAAAUGUUCACCUGCAAAUAUGUUUAAAAACAUUUUCUCAAAAAUAAUAAUCACUCGCUUUUGUAACAAAUUCCAUACUGUUUCCAUUUUCAAUACACCAUCUAAAUGAUGAUGCAUAAAGUCAUCUUUUCAACUCAUUCACCCCUGAAAUUUCAUAAUGAACUUUUCCAUCCUUUGAAUUGGACGGGUUCAAAUGUGCCACUUCAGGGGUGAAUGAGUUUACUAAAUGUUUCAUGUUUUCAUUGUACUUGGAACACAGCCAGUGAUAUUGAUAAUAAACACAUAAAUCACCAUUGUUGAUGUA